GCAAUCACGCGAAACUGCAACAUGCAUUUGGACGGAUAACUUUCAUUGGGACAGCGCUCUUGCUAUCUUUGGAACGCUUGACACUCGCCCUCAUGAUACCCGUCUCGUCUUGUGCGAGGAUUCCCACAAUAUGAAGAAGGCAAGAUGGCAAACAGUAUGAAUCGCUCCUUGAUAGUUGGAGGGGAAACUGUCCCCAAUGCAUCCGACUCGUUUCCCGCAUUUGUUUGGUCUGGUUUGGCUGCUGAUGGUUGGGGCUGUGGAGCGGCAUUGGUCCACUCUGAUAUUGUUGUUUCUGCGGCGCAUUGCGCAGUCUCCUUCAAGCCAGGAAACCAGAGAAACUAUGUCGGCCCUACUUGGAUCACUGGAGCAAAUGCCACAGCCUUUCCCACCCAGCGCACUCUGAUCCAUCCACGUUACAACUGGGCCUCCAGAGAAAACGAUAUCAUUAUAAUCAAGCUCAAGGGACACAGCAAGGCAAAGCCUUUUGAAAUCAAUAGAAAGAGCUCCUUUCCAGUGGUCAAUUCUACUGUAACCGUUAUUGGCUUUGGUUGGGUUGCCGAGAAUGGGGGUCCCUUGUCAAACAUACUCAAGAAAGUGGAUGUUCAAGUAUUUCCCUUCGAGGUGUGCAAACAAAUCUACCGGAACCAGAACAACGCGUUCAAUCUUACGGAAGAAAUGCAUAUCUGCGCUGGUACGUUGGAGGGUGGAAAGGAUGGCUGUGCUUCGGACUCGGGGACCCCGCUAUUGGUUGGGAACAAGAUUGUCGGCAUCACAGAGGACGGUUUGGGAUGCGGACGUCCUGGAAUCCCAGCCUACUACACACGAGUCAGCAAUCAAGCAGAGUGGAUCUCAGAAAGCAUCUGUUUGCUGUCUAGUAGGCCACCCAAACACUGCAAGAAAUUGAACAUUACGUGGACGAUUCCUCCAACAUUGGCUCCAUCGCCACCGCCUUCACCUUUCCCAACCAAGAAACCAACCACAAGUCCGACUUUGUCACCCACGAUACUCCACUCGACAGUCUCGUUGGCGCCAGCAGCUGCUCCGUCCAUGUUAAGCCCCGGACCUACCGCGGCUCCGUCGUCGGAUGAUAUGUGGAGGGUGAGGUUCUUGCAACAAGCCUGCACAUUCCUUGCUUGGUUAUUGGUUGCCGGAAUCGUGGGAUUCUUGGCUGGUCGCUUGAUAAUGUCCCGAUACCGUCGUCGCAUCUAUGAGAAGAUCCCAUCCGUCCACGAGCAAAUCCUCGCGCCGCAUGCAAAGGAUAGCGGUACGAGGGAUGAUAAGGAGGCGGCAGAGAGGGAACACGUACGGUGAUGUGGAUUCGUUCCAGCUAGCUAGCUAGGUAUUCACAAUAUGAUCUAUCGUUAAAUUUAUUAAAAAGCUAUGCAUGAUUCGACAAGGACAGGAAAACGGCCACAGAGCAAAAAUAUCCUCCACAAGUGACCAUGCAAAUCCCUGUUAAGUUGCUGACAGGAAAGGCGCAAU